GCGAGUAGGUAAACAGAUCCGGGGCGCGUGCGGCGCCGGCGUGCGGCGGGCUAACGCGCGCAGGCGGCUAGAAGGUGACCGCGGGGCACCGCUUCCGGCCGCCGGCCCUGGGGCAUGGCUGCCAUGUUGGGGGACGCUGUCAUGCUGGUCAGAGGCCUUGCCAAGCUGGCUCGGGCGGCCGCGGAGACCCACCUGCAGCACUGGGGCCUCGGCGGGGAGCUCGUCCUGGCUGCCCGGGCCCUGCAGUCCACGGCCGCCGAGCAGAUCGGCCUGGUCCUGGGCAAGGUGCAGGGUCAGGAGCGGCCUGAAGAGCCGUAUGCUGACAGCUUCGAUGACCCGGAAGCAGAGUUCUCUGGGCCUCAGGCCGCGGGGGCCUCCCCAGAUUUCUCUGCGGCCUCCUCCCCUGACCAGUCACCGCCUCUACCCUGGGACCAUGCCGGCAGUGAGGGUCCGGCUCCUGCCUACGCUGCCAGCGGACCCUUUAGGGAGGCCGGGCUCCCUGGCCAGGCCACCUCCCCUCUGGGCACGGUGGCCGGGAGGCUCUUCGGAGACCCCAGAGACCUACUGUCUGCCCCGGGCCUUCAGCGACGGUUCUUCCAUCAGGACCAGUCCUCCAUGGGGGGCCUCACCGCCGAGGACAUUGAGAAGGCCCGGCAGGCCAAGGCCCGCCCCGAGAGCAAGCCUCACAAGCAGAUGCUUAGCGAGCGGGCUCGGGAGCGGAAGGUGCCGGUUACACGGAUUGGGCGGCUGGCCAACUUUGGAGGUCUGGCUGUGGGGCUAGGCUUUGGUGCGCUGGCUGAGGUCGCCAAGAAGAGCCUCCGCCCAGAGGACCCCUCAGGGAAGAAGGCCGUGCUGGACUCCAGCCCCUUCCUGUCCGAGGCCAAUGCGGAACGCAUCGUCCGCACACUGUGCAAGGUGCGCGGGGCGGCGCUCAAGCUGGGCCAGAUGCUAAGCAUCCAAGACGACGCCUUCAUCAACCCCCAUCUGGCCAAGAUCUUUGAGCGGGUGAGGCAGAGCGCGGACUUCAUGCCGCUGAAGCAGAUGAUGAAAACUCUCAACAGUGACCUGGGCCCAGGCUGGCGGGACAAGCUGGAGUACUUUGAGGAGCGGCCCUUCGCGGCUGCGUCCAUCGGGCAGGUGCACCUGGCCCGCAUGAAGGGUGGCCGCGAGGUGGCCAUGAAGAUCCAGUACCCCGGUGUGGCCCAGAGCAUCAACAGCGACGUCAACAACCUCAUGGCAGUGCUGAACAUGAGCAACAUGCUUCCUGAAGGCCUCUUCCCCGAACACCUGAUCGAUGUGCUAAGGCGGGAGCUGGCCCUGGAGUGCGACUACCAGCGGGAGGCAGCCUGUGCCCGCAAGUUCAGGGAGCUACUGAAGGACCACCCCUUCUUCUACGUGCCUGAGAUCGUGGACGAGCUCUGCAGCCCCCACGUGCUGACCACGGAGCUGGUGUCGGGCUUCCCCCUGGACCAGGCUGAGGGGCUGAGCCAGGAGGUCCGGAACGAGAUCUGCUACAAUAUCCUGGUCCUGUGCCUGCGGGAGCUGUUCGAGUUCCACUUCAUGCAGACGGACCCCAACUGGUCCAACUUCUUCUAUGACCCUCAGCAGCACAAGGUGGCUCUUCUGGACUUUGGGGCAACCCGAGAAUUUGACCGAUCCUUCACCGACCUCUACAUCCAGAUCAUCAGGGCAGCGGCCGACAGGGACAGGGAGGUGGUGCUGAAGAAAUCCAUAGAGAUGAAGUUCCUCACAGGCUACGAGGUCAAGGCCAUGGAAGACGCGCACUUGGACGCCAUCCUGAUACUGGGGGAGGCCUUUGCCUCAGAGGAGCCCUUCGACUUUGGCACACAGAGCACCACGGAGAAGAUCCACGGCCUGAUCCCCAUCAUGCUCAAGCACCGCCUCAUCCCGCCGCCUGAGGAGACCUACUCCCUGCACAGGAAGAUGGGGGGCUCCUUCCUCAUCUGCUCCAAGCUCAAGGCCCGCUUCCCUUGCAAGGCCAUGUUCGAGGAGGCCUACAGCAACUACCGCCGGCGCCAGGUCGAGCAGUAGCAGGCGAGGCGGCUCUGGAGCCACUGUGCGUGGCGUUCGGCCAUCGGUGCCUCGAGGCGGGUUUACUGCUGCUCUCCGGACCGGGGUUUUUCUUGAUGGAAUGUUAGCCAGGAGGUGAGAGCAUCCCCGCCAACCAGAAAGACCGAAAAGGCCCUGGAUUUUACGGACCGCAGAGGUGAAGGCUUGUGUGCGCAUGUCUAGAAUGAGGUUUGUUUUCUGCCCUUCCCUCAGCCUGUGCAGGCCCUGCUUGCCUGCAGCAGGGACAGGGAUACCACUGUUGUCCCUGUGUGGGGCCCUCCAGGCCCAGCAGCUUUUGUGAAAGGAGACAAUGUGCAGAUGUCACCUGCCUAGACCUGAGGGUCGUUUAAUUUUUGUACAAUUCAUGUAAUGGUCUGAUUUGUUUCAAUAUUAAAAAAACCAACAAAACCCCA